AUGAUCUGCAUUGGGGAGGAGAAACUAGAGAAUCCCUCAGGGACCAUGUCUGAAAUGGGCAUGACUGCCCACAGCUACAGCAUCUACAGUAGUGUCCAUCCUAUUGCACAGGAGACAGAAACAGGCAUGGAAGAUAUUCUCCUGAACCACUGGGAAAUUACUGCAUGGGAAUCAACCCAGAAUGAUUGUCUGCCCUGUAAUUAUGGAUUGCGAGUUAGCCUGCAGCUUCUUUGGGUCUGGGGAGAGUUCCGGUGGCUGUUAUUGAUGUCACAGAUCAAAGUAAAGGAGGCUCAGAUAUCCCCUGGGCACUUCAGAGUUAGGGACGCUACAGAGAGAGACUGUAUUAAGAAGCUGAGUGUCUGCAGGGUUCCAGUGCUAAAAUGCCCCGGGACCCAGCCUAUUCGUUUUCUUCAUAAAUAUUAUCAGCCAGGAGACCGGAUCAUUGGCGGCAUUCUCUCCCAGACCUUCCCUCUUUUUAAUAUAAUGGAAUUCAGAAGACACCCAUUCCAGGACAUACUUUCGGAUCACAUAUUACCAACUCAGAACUACCAACACAUCUUAGCUUUGGUUUUUGCUGUGAAAGAGAUUAAUGAAAGUCCCUUCAUUUUACCGAACAUCACCCUAGGCUUCAACAUAUACAAUGAUUAUUUUAGUCCAAGAUAUACCUACGUAGCUACAAUGGAACUCCUCUCCACUCCAAAUAGAUUCAUUCCUAACUAUAAAUGUAGCCUCCAGAAUAAUCUGAUAGCAGUUCUUGCGGGACCAAGUUCCAUGGUUUUUGUUGAUAUGGCCACCAUCCUGAAUCACUACAAGUUUGUGCAGGUUGUGUAUAGCUCUACUCUAGAGACCAAGACCCAGACACAAUCUCGUUUCUUUUACUGGAUGCUCCCAAACGCAAUCUGUCAGUAUAAAGGACUUCUCCAGCUUUUUUUGCAUUUUGGCUGGACCUGGAUUGGGCUGUUCUACCUUAAUACUGGCAACAUAGCAGAGACUUUGUGGAGGAAUGUUCUUCCCAUGUUUUCCAAAAAAGGUGUCUGUUUUGAAUUUAUGGAAAAAAUGCCAGGUGGAUUUUUCAAUGGCAAUGAAAAAACUGCACGAGAGGCACAUGGAAUUUUAAAUGUAGUCUUCAACAGUACAACUAAUAUAGUGCUUAUUCAUGGUGAAUUUCACAGUAUGUUAAAUUUAAGGUUUUUACUCAACCUGCUGGAGUUUGGUGAUGUGGUAUAUGACACAAAAGUCUGGGUUAUGACAGCAGAUGCAGAUUUCUCAUCCGUUCUCUUUCAAAGGAGUUGGAAUGUUAAUUUCAUUCAUGGAACUCUGUCCCUUUCAGUUCAAUCAAAGGAAGUAUCAGGAUUCCAAAAUUUUGUUCGGGUGAGAAACCCAGCUUUGGCUAAAGGAGACAGUUUUUUAACAGAAUUCUGGCAACAGACAUUUAAUUGUUUGCUCCCAAUGUCUUCUGUAGACGAAGAGGAUGAGAAUAUCUGCACUGGGGAGGAGAAACUUGAGACUCUCCCUAAGACUGUGUUUGAAAUGAGCAUGACUGCCCACAGCUACAGUGUCUACAAUGCCGUCUAUGCAAUUGCACAUGCUUUGCAUCUUCUGUACUCUUUCCAAGGCCAGCAAAGGUCAGUGAGGAGACAGAAAUUCCUUACUCAAGAGUCAUGGAAGCUCCACCACUUUCUGCGAAGCAUGUCAUUUAAUAGCAGUACUGGAGAGAAGAUUUCCUUUGAUGAAAAUGGGGAAUUAGUUGCAGGAUUUGAUAUUAUAAACUGGAUCACAUUUCCAAACCAGACAUUUCUUAGGGUCAAAGUUGGAAGGAUAGAUCCAGGAGCAGUUUCUGACAAAUGGUUGACUGUUUCUGAAGAGAAGAUCAUUUGGCCCAACCAGUUUAAUCAGGAAUGGCCUCUUUCACUCUGUAAUGAAAAGUGCCAUUCAGGUUACAGAAAGACCAAAAUUGAAGGACAAUCAUCUUGUUGUUAUGAUUGCACUCCAUGUUCAAAAGGGAAGAUCUCAGACCAGACAGAUAUGGAUGAUUGCUUCCAAUGCCCAGAAGAUCAUUAUCCAAAUAACAACCAGGAUUUAUGCAUGCCAAAGCAUAUAAGUUACCUAUCCUACAAAGAACUGUUGGGGACUGGAUUAGCUACCAUGGCUUUUGUCCUUUCUUUCAUCACAAUAUUGGUGCUUGGAAUCUUCCUGAAGUACCACAACACUCCCAUCGUCAAGGCAAAUAACCUCAGUAUCUCCUAUGUCCUCCUUGUCUCCCUCCUCCUCUCCUUCCUUUGUUCUCUACUUUUCAUCGGUCAACCCACGAAGGUGACCUGUCUCCUUCGACAAACUGCUUUCGGUAUCAUUUUUUCAAUGGCAGUUUCCUGUAUGUUAGCCAAAACCAUCACUGUCAUUCUAGCUUUCAUGGCCACCAAGCCAGGAUCAAGGAUGAGGACAUGGCUUGGGAAACAACUGUCCUUUUUUAUUGUUCUUUUCUGUACUUUCCUUCAAAGUGUUCUUCGUGCUGUGUGGCUUGGAACUUCUCCCCCCUUCCCAGAUUUUGAUAUGCACUCCAUAACCACUGAAAUAAUUGUUGAAUGUAAUGAAGGAUCAGCUUCAAUGUUUUAUUCUAUUUUAGGUUUUAUGAGCUCCCUGGCCCUUGUUAGUUUUAUUGUAGCUUUCGUAGCUAGGAAGCUACCAGACACUUUCCAGGAAACUAAAUCGAUCACAUUCAGCAUGCUGUUGUUUUGCAGUGUCUGGUUGUCUUUUCUCCCUGCCUACAUGAGUACCAAAGGCAAAUACAUGGUGGCUGUGGAGAUCUUCUCCAUAUUGGCCUCCAGUGCUGGGCUCCUGUCUUGUGUCUUUUUCCCCAAAUGCUACAUCAUCAUGAUGAGGCCUGAUCUCAACAGAAGGCAGCAUUUAAUGAAAAGAGUGAAUUAA